GACAUCCUGAGCCGCUACAGGCAGCUUCGAUCUCGAAACAUGAGGGAAGAGAACCAGGCCUUCUGCGUCUCGUCAGACAGUGCCAGCCUCAAGAUCGUGCUGGACGUGCAUGACUUCAUGCGCGGAGACGUCAAGGUGAAAGUCGUCGACGAGGAGCUGGUGGUGGAAGGGCGCGCGGAGGAGGAGGAAGGAGGGUCGUCCGUCUCGACACGGUCCUUCAGACGCCGCUUUGCCCUGCCUCACAGCACUGACAUGACACGCAUCACUUCUGUCAUGUCUUCGGAUGGCAUCCUCACAAUAACUGCUCUCAAAACGGCAGGAGAACCACAGCAAAACUCACUCGUUAACUUCUCCGCGACCGAGGAAAGGAAGGAAUCAUCAACAGCUCAAGACUCAACACCCGAAGCAGUUUCGUCCACGACGGAGAAAAAUAUCUCUGUUCACGAGAAACUUGUUAGUGUGGAUCAGAUGGAGUUUGGGUAUGAACGAAAACACUCUUACGAGAACAAGACGAGAAAGCUGAAGAAAGAAUUCGAAUUUCCUGCUGAAUCCAAGGAAGUUUUGAAGUCCAAGAUCUGCCACAAUCCGUCUGUGGAUGAGUCUACAACUGCUUCUGUUCGUGGAGACGUUGCCAAUAUUCAGGAUCAUGAACUCAUGCGAUUGGCUGAAACUCUUGAAUCGACAGUCGUUGAAAAGCCUCUUAUGAUGAUUCAGUUUCUGAACAACAGGAACAAGCAACUGUGCAAUCAGAAUCUGAUUCGACUGAAGCCAUCAAACUGGGCGAGGAAAUCUUGCCCAUCGUUCGAAGGGGAAGCUUCGUCCAGGACUCCUUCUUCCUCGAUGUCCGCCAAAAUUCGACGCUGCCAUCAGAGAGGUCCUGAGGAAGUGGGUCAGCGAAGACAGCGAAGUGACACACAGUGAGGACUUCCUUGGCCUUAGUCACAGCGAUAUCCUGGACCGCUACAGACAGCUUCGAUCCCACGAAUUGAAGGAAGAGACCCAAGUCUUUAUCGUCACGUCCGACAACACUAGUUACAAGAUCGUGUUGGACGUCCAAGACUUCAUGAACGGGGAUCUGAAGGUGAAGGUGGCGGGCGAGACGGAGGUGGUGGUGGAGGGUCGUGUGGAGAGGAGAGAAGAAGGAAGCUCAUCCGUGUCCUCCUACUCCUUCCGACGCCGCU